GCCAUGCAGGCCCUGGUGAGAAGAUGGAGGGCGCGGUGUCCCAGCAGCCGGCGGCAGAGCUGCGGGCUCCGGCACGGCUCCGCGGGCAAAGCCAAAUGGCUGCUGCUUUCGCAGCUUUUCCAACCUUUCAACCUGCAGCCGGGCGCGGGGACGGCGGCAGCGGCGGCGGCGGGGGGUGUCGGGGAGCCGAGCUGCCGCAGCCAGAGGCUGAUGGUGCAGGGGGGGCUGAUCCAUCCCGCCGGGCCCGGGUGCUAUCACUACCUGCCGCCCGGGCUCCGAGCCAUGGAGAAGCUGGAGAGGCUGAUGGAUGAGGAGAUGAGGGCUGUGGGGGGACAGAAGCUGAGCAUGCCCAGCCUCUGCUCGGCGGAACUCUGGCGGGCCAGCGGGCGCUGGGAGCGGAUGGGCCCGGAGCUGUUCCGCUUGGAGGAUCGGCACGGGAAGGAGUAUUGCCUGGGACCCACACACGAGGAGGCGGUGACACAGCUGGUGGCCGCGCACACCCACCUCUCCUACAAGCAGCUGCCGCUGCGACUCUACCAGGUGACCAGGAAGUUUCGGGAUGAGCCCAAGCCCCGCUUCGGGUUGCUGCGCAGCCGGGAGUUCUACAUGAAGGACAUGUACAGCUUCGACACCUCCCCAGAGGCAGCUCAGCACAGCUACCACCUGGUGUGUGGUGCCUACUGCAGCCUCUUCCAACGUCUGGGCCUCCCUUUUGUCAAAGUGAGUGCAGCCACGGGCAGCAUUGGGGGCACCAUGUCCCAUGAGUUCCAGGUGCCAGCAGAGAUCGGGGAGGACCGGCUGCUGCUCUGCCCCCACGGACAUUUCGCCGCCAACGUGGAAACCCUGCAGGAGGAGCCGGCGUCCUGCCCCACCUGUGGGACCAAACUCACCCAGAGCAGGGGGAUCGAGGUGGGGCACACGUUUUAUCUGGGCACUAAGUACUCCUCUGUCUCCAAGGCUGUCUUCUACUCCCCUGAGAACAAGCCCCAGCUGGCUGAAAUGGGGUGCUACGGCCUGGGCGUCAGCCGCAUCCUGGCGGCGGCCGUCGAGGUGCUCUCCGUGGAGGACAGCAUCCGUUGGCCCAGCCUCAUCACACCCUACCAGCUCUGCUUCAUUCCCCCCAAAAAGGGCAGCAAGGAGGAGGAGGAGGAGGGAGCAGUGCUGCUGGAGCAGCUGUAUGACAGCCUGUCCCAGGCACUGCCCCACCUGGCUGGUGACUCGGUGCUGGAUGACAGGACACAGCUGACCAUCGGCAAGAGGUUGAAGGACGCCCAGAAGCUGGGUUACCCUUACGUGGUCAUUGCUGGGAAGAAAGUUUGUGAGGACCCCCCGGUCUUUGAGGUUUGGCAGCAGAAGACUGGUGAGGUUUUGUUCCUCACCAAAGAAGGGGUCAUUGAGUUGUUGAGUAAAGUGCAAAUCCUCUAAACUGA